CCCAGACUGAGGAGCAGAUGCCAAGUUUAAGUAAUAAAGGGCUUUUUAUUAUUUCUCCAUCCCGCUGAGAGUCUCAUCCUCUGGUACCAAUGUUACCCGCCUGGCUUCGCGGCCGGGCAGUGCUGUCUCCGGUGCUGAUCUGGACAUGCCUGUCACUGGUGGGUAUCAAUUGCAGCUCUGUUGCUGUGGACACUGACCUUCGUCUAGCCGAGCAGGCGCAGCAGCAACACCUCCACACGCUUUUCAUGAAGUACGGUGAGAAUGGGACCAUUUCCAUGUCUGGUCUGCUAAGACUGCUUAAAGGAUUGGGACUGGACCGUGUCAGAAGAGUAACCGUGCAGCACCAUGGAAACCACCACAACCACACACACCUGCAUACGCACUCGCACACACCGAUGCACAAACACACAAUGCACGCACAGCCGGUCGCUAACAAGAAAGACGGGGAUGAUUCGGGUGUGAAGAGCGACUCCGACACCCAUGAUUCCAUUUUUCUGAAGAAAAGCCAGGUGGACGCUCACCACAAUCUCUACAUAAAGAAAGCUCCUGACUCCACCGCAUUGCUGACCACACCUUCUUAUGUCACCAAAUCUCACCCUGCAAACCUCCCAGAGGACUCCUCCCAGCUCAAUACGACACACUCCAACCACACCUACUAUACUGAGGAAAUGUCCACACGCCACCUGGACUACCACAGUUAUAAUGAGCGUGAGAUAAGCCUCAACUACAGCAAACAGUGCCAGAAUGCCACCAUGAUUCUUCAGACCCAUGGCAUGUCACAGCAAACGACUCUCUCUGUCCAGGAUUUUAGCUUCCUCUGCCCUGGCCUAAUCUUACAGCUUGAUUCACAGUCCUGCCUUCAGCAUGCUGAAAACCAGUCAGAGCACGGGCAACAACAUGGAAAUCAUUGUCACCACCAUCAUCAUCAUGGUUCAGCAAUCAACAACAGCCAAAAGAGUUCCUCUAUUGAGAUAGCCUGGAUUGGUGGAUUUCUCUCUAUAACCAUAAUAAGCUUGCUGGCAGUGGUUGGCCUGGUCUUAAUUCCAGUCAUCAACAAAAACUGCUUCAACUUCUUGCUCAGCUUCUUGGUUGCCCUUGCUGUAGGCACGCUCAGUGGCGAUGCCCUUCUACACCUUAUACCACACGCUCAGGGUGGCCACAAGCACCACCAUGCAGCCGGUGAAGGCUUAGAGCAUGACUCGCAUGGUGAGGGCGAGGAUUCUUUAAAAGCCGUGUGGACGGGAUUGACGGCGUUGGGUGGCGUAUACGUAAUGUUCCUGACUGAGCAUUUUCUGACCCUGGCAAAAAUGUACAAAGACAAAAAACAAAAGGAGCAAAAGAUGGCAGACUUGACUGAUGAAAAUAUGGAGUCACAACAUCUGUCACCUCCAGCAGACCGGAAUUUGAAACCAGUGGACGAGGUGAACGGCCACAGUCUUCCAGAGGCAGAAGUGAUGUUAUCUCAGGGCGACUACACCGACGAGGAAUGCGAGAACAAAUGCCACUCCCACUUCCACGACACCGUGGGCCAGUCGGACGAGCUGCAUCACCAUCACCACAACUACCACCACAUCCUGCACCACCACCACUCUCAAAACCACCACCCUCACACGCAUACACACAGACACACCCAGUCUUAUUCCGUCCAGCACUUCAAACAUGCUGGGGUCGCUACCCUUGCCUGGAUGGUCAUCAUGGGGGACGGCUUGCAUAAUUUCAGCGACGGGCUUGCUAUCGGAGCUGCAUUCACAGAGGGUUUGUCCAGUGGUCUAAGCACUUCAGUUGCUGUAUUUUGCCAUGAGCUUCCUCAUGAACUGGGAGAUUUUGCGGUCCUGUUGAAGGCAGGGAUGUCAGUAAAGCAGGCUAUUCUCUAUAACUUGCUUUCUGCAAUGAUGGGCUACUUGGGAAUGAUAAUAGGCAUUCUGAUUGGUCACUUUGCUGAGAAUGUGGCUACCUGGAUCUUCGCUCUUACAGCUGGACUCUUCUUGUAUGUUGCAUUAGUGGACAUGGUUCCAGAGAUGCUGCAUAACGAUGCCAGUGAAGCGGGUUUCAGUCAUUGCGGGUUUUUCGUCCUACAGAAUGCUGGGAUACUACUAGGUUUUGGCAUCAUGCUCAUCAUUGCCAUAUUUGAGGACAAAAUUCAACUUGCCAUUGAAUUAUAACUACGAGGGUUCUUCAAAAAGUUUCAGCACUUUUUAAACUCUAUUUAUUAAGAAUUUCAUUUGAGACAAUUUACAUUUUUCCCAGCAAAUAAUACUAUCAGCAAAAAUGUAUUUGGUUGAGCGUGCAGCCACUGAUGCACCGCUGCUGUGAUGAUCAUCACAUGAAAAUCUUCUUCCCCUUAAAGCUUCUUUGAGCGUCCAAAAAGGUGGAAAUCAGAUGGCACUAAAUCCAGACUGUAAGCGUCUCUCAGACACGACCAAUUACUACUUUUCUUUCACACCCUCACCGUCUUUAACCAAAAUAUAAAAGUGUGGAAACUUUUUGAAGAUCCCUGGUAUAAAACACACCCACCCACACACGUUUGUUACCGCUAACUAUUUACCAUUAACUUUACAAAAAGUAAUACUUCCACUUCUAAUGUGGAAGCUUUUCUGUUACAGUAUGAAUGACUACGUUGUUUGGAUUUAUUAGGGACUUUGUUUCACAUAUUACAGUACGACUAGCUCACCUGGUAUAGGUGUACCUGUAGUGGUGAUGAUUGGGACCAUUUUCUGCUCUUAAGCUGGAAAGCAGCAGUACGUUUACAUUACGACUUAAAAUAGGUAGUCACAAACAUUGACGAGCCAGUAAAAUGUUUUAUAAACGAUCUUCAUGCGUUCCAGCUGCGCUUUAUAAAGACUGAUAACGAAUUCUGCUCAGUGUAAAAAAAGAGCAUGGUUUAAAAGCAUUGUGUACACGUUUUACUUUGUUUACCAUGUUAGUUUGUGCAGCAAAGUGUUUGUGAUGUUACAUAAUGUGUGUUGAGGUACUUUUUUUUCAUACAGUAAAGUUCAUCUGUGUGAAAAAUGUAACAAUCUUUUACUUGUUUUAAUGUACAUAGAUGCAUAGAUGCCUUGGUUAUGUGGUAAAAAAAACGGCAUCAUGUGCACCCCAGUGACGCAGUACUGGAGUAUCCUAUCCCAGGGUUUUUCGAAACCCAAAAAAAAGGUCGCCGAGAAAAAUAAACAAGUUUUAACACAUACAUGAA